AUGUGUUUUUUUUAUUUUGCCGUCACCUCCAUUGCCUUUGGCUGUGCUUUUGUUGAUGCGGUGGUUGCAUGUACGCUUCUUUUUGUUUUUGUUGUCGUUGAACAGCCGAAGGAAAUGUUACGUGUCGUGCGGGUGCUGCGCGGACCCGGCGGCGGGGGGUGGCGGUCAAAGCCAAUUGGCGAGCUGGACCGCCGGGGUCGCUUCAACCUGGACGAGGCUGCGGCAGCUCUUGAGCUUGACCCCGCCUACGUUGCCGCGCUCUACAAGCCGCUGCAUUACACCUUCGCCGUGCGGGGCCAGCACUACCCGGCGGAGCAGGGCCGCGUGAGCCGCCCAGGCUCACUUAGUUGCUCACGGAGCCGUAUGUUUCCACUGUACCGCCGCGACAACCGCUUGGAUGCGCAACUGAUGCGCCUGAGUCGCCAUAGCGUCUCCACGGAGUGA